CUCAUGAACCACUGCCAAAGACAAAGAUGUGUUACCCGUACGCUACGAUGACCAAAACCAAAGGCAGAAGAAAUGAAUAGACCAGAAACUACAGAUACAGUUUAUUUUACAGUAAAAUGAGAUUUUCAAAUCGUAAUGUGAUUCAAUUGGCUAUCUUGCAGUUGGAAUAGAAGAAGGCAUCAUCCCGAAUUGAGUGCCACAAUUGUAAAAUAGACGAUCUUGGAAGCACCAGCGCUCCUUGGUACUGAUGUGAAGAAUGACAUUCGGAGCUUCUCCAAAUAUGACAUGACCGUAAGGCUGUCACCUUGUACAAAUGUCCACACAGUUCCCCUGACCAGCCCUGCUCCUUAUUCGAUGUGCUCAGGAUCAGGCAGGGUGUGUGGAGUAGGGGGCGGCGGUGUUAUGCAUGUGGGUAACAGCUGGAGGUGGCACCUCUCCCGGGCCAUGCGACUAACGCUGCACUGGUGCCGACCGUGCCGUCUCAAGACAGGCGGUCGAGGCAGGGGAGGCCAGCCGCAGCCCAGCGGCGGGCUUCGGGAGUUGUGGAGCUACAGCACACUGCUGCUCAGGUCUCUUUACUUCAACAGCCUCACCAACUCGGACACGCUACUCGACUGCGCUUUCGAACCCGUGUACUGGACCGUGGACAAUGUGACUCGCUGGUUUGGAGUGGCGUUUGUCACUCUGGUCAUCCUCCUAACCACCUCGGUUGUGGUCAUCGUCUAUCUCUACGUCCUACCCACAAUUGUCAGCAACUACGCUACGCCCUGGAUCGUCUGGCACCUAUGCUGCGGCCACUGGCUCCUCGUCAUGGUGGUCUUCCAUUACUACAAGGCCACCACCACCUCCCCUGGACACCCGCCCAAGGACAAUAUCCAUAUUCCCUCCGUGUCCAUUUGUAAGAAAUGUAUCAAUCCGAAACCAGCAAGGACGCACCACUGCAGCAUCUGCAACACCUGUGUCUUGAAGAUGGACCAUCACUGUCGUAUCCUUGUAACAAGCAUCGCAUGUAAAAGCAUCUUGGUCUCUACAUAUUUAACAUUGACACACACACACACAACUGCAUCUUGUGUAGAACUGAACACGCGUGCAGCUUGGCUCAACAACUGCGUGGGCCAUUUCAACCACCGCUACUUCUUCUCCUUCUGCAUCUAUAUGACUCUGGGCUGCAUCUACUGCAGCGUCAGUAGCAGAGACAUGUUCCUCGAGGCCUACAACGCUGUCGAGAGUUAUUACCAGACCCCUCCCCUGCCAUACACGUCCACAGAGACAACAGCUCACAAGAGCAUCAUCUUUCUUUGGGUGCUGACCAGCUCUGUGGCAAUCGCCCUGGGAGGGCUGACCCUGUGGCACGCCGUGCUCAUCGUCCGCGGGGAGACCAGCGUGGAGCGCCACAUUAACCGGAAAGAGAGGAAAAGACUAAAGGAGCAGGGCAAGGCGUUCAAAAAUCCGUAUCAUCAUGGGAAAAUGGACAAUUGGAAGCGGGUGUUUGGUGUGGAGAUACAUAGACACUGGCUGACCCGUGUUCUCCUGCCCUCGAGUCACCUUCCCAAAGGUGACGGCAUCAUUUGGGACUGCACGUUUACCAGGAAAGACCCCAUGGCUAUCUGACCCAUCCACACCUCAAGUGCUAUCAUCUCGCUGUCAAGGUCGACGGAAAGGAUUUAUCAAAAGGUGUUGCUGGUCAGUGUUAGCACCAUUCUCCUGCUCCUUGGAAAUGGUUGAAGAUGUGUGCUGUUCCCAGCCUGCAGAUGCAACUCAACGUCUAGAUGGACACAUAAUGAGCAGCAUGUCUUUUUUUAAACCACCUUUGUGCCUAAAGGCAGCCUUCCAAAGUGAUCCUACAUAUCCGUCAAACGUUAACUCAGACACCACAGUGAUUAUUUUUGCAUUACUGAUUUAAAGAAAAAAAAACAUCACUUACAUUGUAGUUCGCUCAUGAAUUGUGAAAAUAGCAAGCAACACUCAAUGGACACAAUAUUACACCUGCAGAGAUCCAAUACAAGAGAUGUAUAACUUCAAACAUCCAUUUUAAUGCCACACGAAGGCUACAUUCAUUCAUUUUCCCAUGCAAGCUUUCUUGGGGCGAGUGGCGCGGUACACCCUGAACUAGUCGCCAGCCAAUCGCAGGACACAUAUAAACCAUUUGCACUCACAUUCAGACCUAAGGGCAAUUUAUACCCACUGUAUGGGUUUGUGUGGGUUUCCUCCCACAGCCCAAAAACAUGGAUUAAUUGAAGACUAAAUUGCCCCGAGGUGUGAGUGCGACCAUUGUCUGUCUCUAGGUGCUCUGCGAUUGGCUGGCAACCAGUUCAGGGUGUGCCCCGCUUUCUGAUAGCUGGGAUAGUCUCCAGUGAGGAUAAGUGACUCAGAAAAUGGAUAAAUGUUAUCAGAAUUUUUCAAAUUUUUUUUGACAUGUAUUGGACCAUACUGUAGUUUGCAAGUGUCCCCAAUAAUGUGGCCAGUGUGUGAAACAAAGUUUUUUUCAUAAUGAAAUGUCACUGUUAACCUCCUGUGAACAUUUGCACGUGGCACUUUAUAGUGGAGAAAACAGGACAACUUUUUGUGAGUUGAAUACAUACGUUGAUUGUGUGGAAAAAAUGUUUGUGUAUUGUGAUGCAAAUAUCCUCAUUAAUUGGAAGAGUUCUGAUGCCAAAUAACGGGAUAAAGAGAAAGAAAACAGCACGUUGCCCCAUGCCUUGUUUGCUUGUUCAACCAGUUACGUAUUCAGUCUGUGAAUUAAUGUUGUAUACGUGGACAUUUUUGGUUUAUUGUACAAUAUGUAGUUAUCAGAGA